GGAAAUCUCGCGUGAUGUCCGUUCUCACCGAGAGGUCUUGAAUGUGAGGAAAAGUAGAAACUCCAGUGAUUGAUACCUCUGUAAAACGGCUAGGUAGCUAUGUUUUUGUCACCAAGUGCUCUGGGAAAACGUGCUGACUACUGCCCCGCCACGACAGUCUAUGCCCCUUCAGCCACCCUGAGACUUGCGCGUGGCUGUGGAUCUUUUUUUUCCCGGGCCGUGUUUCCCGAGGCUGCAGAGAAGCCCGCUAUGAACCCCGCUAAUGUAACCGCCCUGUAUGUGUCCGCCAGCCGGGCCGUGCUGCAGUGUGACCCGCGGCAGCCUCACACCUUCGCUGACAUGUACAAUCUGCUGCCCUUCUUUCGCCAGUCCCUCGCUUGCCUCGUCUGUGAAAAGCUGCUCCAGGAUCCCAUUUCUCCAAACCACCCAGAGUGUCAGCAUUAUGUCUGCUUGGGCUGUAAAGGUCAAAAGAUGCGGAUUAGGUUGUCGUGUGGUCGGUGUAAGGACUACUCCUGCUUCCAGGAGAACAAGCAACUCUCUUUGCUUGUUCAGGGCUACAGGAAACUCUGCCUAUACAUCAUUCAUUCAGCAUUGCUGCAUCCAAUUAGCAGCCACACAGGAGGAUCUCCAGAGGUUAUGGCUUUGCUAGAGGAGGUACUCAUGUCACACCAAGAGGAGGUGGAGACAGAAGACCCCAGCAUACUUCAGGAAGAUGUGAAUCCCUCUGCCCCAGAGUCACUUACCCCAACAGAGGCACCACCUGUCCCUGCAGAAAUGUCAGCUGUGCCUCAGAGCUCCUCAUCUGAUCCACCGUGCUCUAACAGGCCUCAGGAAUGCAACGGAGAAGUGAUAGAGGAUUUGGAUCCAUCUUCUCCGGAGCUGGAGGUAUGUGAGCUGGUAGAGGAACAGUCACAGGUUGGACUGUCUGUGUCUGAUGCUGUUUGUGGUGGUCUGGAACUGAGUCUGGCCACCGGAACUUUAGCCCCAACUCCAGGCACUGUGUGCUCACUCAGGGAUGGGGAAACUAGCACUAGGGAGCUGGAGGAAGGAGAGGUCUUGCUCCUCAGUGUGGAGGAGGUGUUACAAACUUUGGAUCCCCUUCAGCCCGGACGAGAUUCUCCUCACAUACAGUCGGAAAGGACGCACACUCACACACACAUACCCACGGACAGAGCUCAUGCUCAGAUGUAUAUACAGCUGGACACAGCACACAACUACACACAGGUGCACACAGACAGGAUUAACACAAUGGGAAACCACAGUGUUCACACACACACCUCCUCAUUUGAGCCUCCUCUAGCAUCUAAGUCUCCACCAGUUCGCCUUAACCGCAAACGGUCUCAUUCUGAGAGUGACAGGGAAAAGGUGAAGCCCCUCCCUAUUACAUCCAUCCUGCAGGGUUCCUCUUCACAUUCACACACUCCCAACCCCUCUCACACACUGCACACACAAGCACACACAUCCUGCCUAACUGUACCAUCGCACAUGUACUCAUCACUUCACAAUGGGGCACCUCUCAAGGCCAGCCGCCCCUCUCCGAACCACAGUAAAGGUGCCAGGAAGCACAUAGACCAGGGCCCUAAGAAGGCUAAUACCAAGGGUCGUAGUGGUGGCAGUGUCAAGACAAAAGAUCGCAGCAAAGACCAGCGGUUGCUGUCAGGCUGUCUGGUGCCCCCCUCCCCUGUCAGGCCGCCAUAUAAAAAGCCAGUGGAGAAGAAGGGUUGUAAAUGCGGCAGAGCCACCCAGAAUCCUUCAGUGCUGACCUGUCGGGGACAGCGAUGUCCCUGCUACUCAAACCGCAAGGCAUGCUUAGAUUGUAUCUGCCGUGGUUGUCAGAACUCCUACAUGGCCAACGGUGAGAAAAAGCUGGAGGCCUUUGCUGUGCCAGAGAAAGCCUUGGAGCAGACGCGGCUCACACUCGGCAUCAACCUCACCAGCAUCACAGCUGCCGCAGCCCUCCGCAACCCGGCAACCACCAGCAUCCGCGCCAACACCCUCCUUAAUGUUGCUACAGCAACAGGGACACCUGUGACCACGGCCUUCCUGGCCCCUAGCCCCCCGCAAGAUCCCAACUAUGAGGACAGUCUGGAGCUGCUGAUUGGAUGAGAGGCUGGAACUCCCAAAACAGACAGUUUGGUGCUUGUUGAAUGUGACAGCUGACUAUUGUGUUUGUCAAAUGACAUGUACCUCCCCACCAGAAGGUAGGCGAAUAGAGGCAGCUAUGGGUCUGUCCUGGGCCGCGUUUCCUGAUAAUGAGCAGUCUUAGGGGUAAAGGGUGUUUUGUACAACUGUUUCUACAAGUGGCUUUAAAUUUUUUUUAAUUUUUUUUUUGAACAUUUUUCCCAAAGCAACUUUUAAGAGUAGGUGCAGAUGCAUGUUGUGAAGAGUUCAGAAGUCAGCUGUCCAUGGUGCUGAUUUGUAGUAACAUGCUUUUAACUGUCAGUCAUCUGUUGAAAAGGAAUUAAGAUAC